CCUGCUGCUGCGCCACUCUGCGAGCUGGAUGGAGAGCCUCAGUCAGGAGCCGCAGCCUCAGAGCUGGAGUGCUACAUUUCCAAGGCAGCAGCCCUGCUCACCACAAACACCUGUUCCCAGCCUGCCAAGCAGCACACAAGCACUUGCACCUUCCUGACCGCCUGGACUCACCACCUCUGCAUUCACCUCUUGCCAAUGCUGGAAUAAGAGAUCUGCACCUGAAAAGUUUCAUUUUGUAUUUAUUAUUCUCUUUGCUCAGUGAUCUUAUUGCAUCCCCUCUUGCAGGAUUCAUGCUGAUGUAUGCAGUCUGUUAUAGAGUAAAAACAGCGCAUGCCUUUCUGGAGACAGAAUCCAUAAAUUCUGACGUAGCUUGUGCAUCUUAAAAAAAAUCCACUCAACGCCUGGGUAUUUAAGUUGCUAUGAGCAUUGUGAUCUUAAACCAAAUGGAGAAACUAUGGAUUUUUUCCCUGACUGCUAUUGGAUGGUCUAAAGACCUCAUAGACUGCUGAGGGACGGGGAUAUGUGUGUAUUGAUAAAUAUGCCAGUGUGUGAGCAUAAAGUGGUGCUUUCUUAGACUAACAGAGGUUUGACCUUGAACCUGCAGCACUAGAGCCACAAUAUUACUUUUAUUGAUGCACUGAAUGGAUUGAAGAAAAGAACAUUUCCUCCUCCCUCCUGUGUAAGUGAUCUAGGGUAAGAAGGAUAUACCUGACCUGCUAUAUCCCAGGAUUUAGAACCAUCAUUGCAUAUUUAUUGACCAACUGCACAAGGCAGAGAACCUUCUUGAUGGCUCCCUUGGGUGAAGUUGGGAACUAUUUUGGUAUGCAGGAUGCAGUGUCUUUUGGGAAUGUACCCGUUUUACCAGUGGAUAACCCUGUCUUGUUAAGUGACCACCUGAGUCAGUCUGAAACAGGGGGGCUGCCUAGGGGAUCUGCAGUCACUGACUUGGAACAUUUAAAAGGCAUCCUCAGAAGGAGGCAGCUUUACUGCAGGACUGGGUUUCAUUUAGAAAUCUUCCCUAAUGGUACUAUCCAUGGAACCAGGCAAGAUCAUAACAGAUUUGGAAUUCUAGAAUUUAUCAGUAUAGCAGUGGGGCUCGUCAGCAUCCGGGGAGUUGACAGUGGACUCUACCUUGGAAUGAAUGAAAAGGGGGAGCUGUAUGGGUCGGAAAAAUUAACACAAGAGUGUGUAUUCAGAGAGCAAUUUGAAGAAAACUGGUACAACACGUAUUCAUCUAACCUCUAUAAAAAUGUGGACACUGGACGUCGAUAUUAUGUAGCAUUGAAUAAAGAUGGGACCGCCAGAGAUGGAACCAGGACUAGACGGCAUCAUAAAUUUACUCAUUUUUUACCUAGACCGGUGGACCCUGAAAAAGUACCUGAACUUUAUAAAGAUAUUCUAAGCCAAAGUUGACAAAGACAGUUCCUUCACUCGAGCCCUUAAAAAGUAACCACUAUAACAGGUUUUCACGCGGUGGGUUCUUCUUGAUUAGCUGUGUCAUCACAUCAGCUCCACUGUUGCCAAACUUUGUCGCAUGCAUUAUGUAUGAUGGAGAUUUGGAUGGGACAUGCUGAUUCUGUUCUGCACUUAAAGGUUUGACCUCCUGGAGGAAAGGCCGUGCCCACUCGCUUGAUUUAUUACAGAGCAGAGAGCAAGCAAACAAAAAAAUAAAGAGAGUGAAGCAAAAGCAAAGUGGAAUGAGGCCUGAUGCAUGCUGGGAAAUAGACAUGCUUUUAAAUUUUUGAUCAGUUUUAACUUCAUCCUAUAUCAGCAUAGCUGCCAUAUUUCGGUUCAUCUGGAUUUUUGGCUAAAGGCCUGCUCAAGUGUACGCAUUUACAAAGGCAUGGAUGGGUGCAGAUUUACUUAAUUGACUUUUCAGUUAAUUGCUCAUAAGGGUGUCAUCCCACUGAGCGUAAAAUCAAAGACCUCUUAGUAGAGAAAGAGAAAAAAAUACAAAAAACAAAAAAAUACAAUUUAAAAAAGCAAAACAAAAAAAAAAAUUAAAUUUAUUUAUAGAAAUUCCAAAGGCAACAUUAUAUUUAUUUUAUAUAUUUAUUUAUUAUAUAGAGUUUAUUUUUAAUGAAAUAUGUACAGGCCAGAUAGGCAUUUUCGAAGCUUUAGGCUCUGUAAGCAUUAAAUGUUAAAGGCCAUUAUAAACCUGUGGUAAAUUCAUGCAAGUUUAUUAUUAAGGUGCAUGGAUUAAAAAAAAAAAUCAAAAACUUUUGUGACUCUAAAGGUUAUAAUCGUUGUUUUUUUGUGCCCAUUACUUUAUGAAAUUAUAAAAAAACCAUUUAAGAUAUUAAGAGGCUUAUUCAAAAGCAACAGAUCUUGUGUUGAUCACAAUGUGGAUAAGAUUGUGUUAGAUUUGGUGUGAUCAGAUCUCUGAGUUUACUGAAAAAGCCAUUAAUAUCUCCAAAAAGAUAUUUGCCUAUUUGUGACAAAACAGCUCUGGGUUGUAGUAUCCAACUAUAGUUUGUAUUGGGCAUCAAGGCCUUUUGAGCCUGCACCUCUAGCUGUUUUACAAUCCAUAGUCCCUUAUGUUCUGGGGGUUUUAAUAUCAGCCCUCACAUAUUCACGUCCAUGACUACAUAAUCAAUAGAUUAACCCAUACAUGAUUUGAAACGAAAGCAGGGCUUUCAGGUACUAUGCUGUUACCUUUAAAGGUUUCUAUCCAAUAAGUGACUUAUAGUACCCCUCUAUCAGAACUUGUCUGCUGUUCAAAGACACCUACAUUUUAUUGUAUAUGCCUAUAUAUGCUACCUGUUUAAACAUAUAACAGACCAACUAGUAAGUUAAUCCUUUUUAUUUGUGAAAUUCCAAGGUGCACAAUAUAAGUAAAAAGGACAGAGCAUUAACAUUUUAGGUGCCUUUUUUUCCCUACAACUGACAAAAUGGCUAUGGAACAAGCAGACGUAAUUCAGCAACAGUUACUCCCAUGAGUCUCACUAAUUUGUAACCAGUUUGGGCAAUAGAAAUAUGGUGUCAGUGAAAGGGCAAAAGCCAUGGCUGGUAUUAAAAGAUAAUACCCAGGUAAACACAUUAACUCUUGUAUGUAACCUUCUUUAUUGUGCACUGACUAUCCUAACCAGAAUAUUCAGUUUCCUAGGGGUCAUUGUAACAUCUGUUAUGGAAAUUGCUUUCUGCGUAAACUGUCAUAAUACAUUAGCACCCUUUUUUUAAAUAACUUGCAAACUGAACCUAAUAAAUCUUUAUGAAUAAUGACAAGGGGGAAAGUAUUAUACCAUUUUUCCCUUCCAUUUCUGGUUUUGUGUUUCCAGAAUUGUCUACACAUGACAAAUUAUGGCCCCUUUAGGGGGCAUGGUUCAACUGUGUGGUGAAUUAAAACAAAAUACAUAUUGUAAUAUUUUUUAAGCAAUAAGCAUAGAAAUAAAUAUUUAUUUAAAAGUG